AAUUCAUGUGUAGGAAAUACGGAAGAUGUGAGUCAACAGAGAUGACUGAAUACAUCGAACUGCAGUGAUUAAAUGUUGUUUACAAAAUUGAUUGGAGAUUCACCACUGAGCAGGUAAGAUGUCAGGAGCUGCAGCAACUCCUCAGAGGCAGCGCUCAUUUCUUAAAACUCUUGGAGAUAGAGCUUCUGCUGGGCUGAAGCCUUCCAGACAGGCACCUGCUCCCCCUGUACCCCCACUCAGCCCCAACUCCUCACAGAACAUCCUCAAGUCAGGUUGGCUAAGGAAACAAGGUGGUUUGGUGAAAAACUGGCAGAAGAGAUGGUUUGUUCUCAGGGGUCAUUUCUUGUAUUACUACACUAAGGAAGAUCAGAGUAAGCUCAUGGGACAGAUCUUUCUUCCUGGAAACAGAAUCAAGGAAAUUCCUUACAACUUUGAUGAUCCUGGGAAGUAUCUUUUGGAGGUGAUCCCUGGCCCAGGUCAGACACGCAUGACAACAACACAUGAAACCUAUCCACUCUGGGCAGAUAGUGAUGAAGAUAGACAAUCUUGGAUUAGUGUAGUAAGAAGAGUAAUAUAUGGCUACAAGGGAGGUGGUAUAUUUGGGCAGAGUUUACCAGAAACCAUGAAGCAUCCUCCAAACAGACAUGUCCCUGAUGUAGUGAGAAAAUGUGUGGAUUUUCUUAGGGAGCAUGGGUUGGAUACAGAGGGAAUAUUUAGACUCCCAGGAAGAUCUUCUGUUUUGAAAGAACUAAAGGAGAAGUUUGACACUUGUGAAGCACCUGACAAGUUUGAUCUAGAAAAUGUCGAUGUUCAUUCCAUUGCUUCGUUGCUCAAGAUGUACCUGCGUGAGCUCCCAGAACCACUCAUACCAGGGGACCAAUUCCUGAUGCUUGCUAGCUUAGCUUCUAAAUUCCAGUGUGGACUUGAAGACGAGGCUACAGAAAAAGCAGCAGAGUUGCUGAAAGAAAUUCCACCAUUUAACUACAAUCUUCUCAAAUAUGUCUGUACUUUCUUCCAAGAGGUCAGCAGAUACUCAGAAGUCAACAAGAUGGGGAUCAGCAAUCUUGCCACUGUUCUUGGACCCAAUAUUGCCAGGAGUGAAGACACAACUGCUUUUGGGUUUAUGGGGAAUGCUACUUUAACACAACAAAUAGCUCACAUUUUGAUUGAGCGUGCUGAUAACAUUUUCAUCCUUGACUACAAUGACUCUGGUGACUUGGUCCCAACAGAGGACCUGCUUAAUAUAAACGAACAGUUGACCACUGGUCAGCAUCAAUCGGCUAUCAGCACUUUACCAUCCCACACAAUGGAUUUGCUGGAUCUUGAUUUCUCUGGUAAUUCUGAACAGCAGCAGCCUUUGGCAGUCAUGUCCAGUGAACGUCCAGUCAGUCACAGCAAUGAAGUGCUGAGUUGGGAGGCAUCUGAAGAAUUGGACGUUGAUGAGGAUGGAGGCGAUGUUCAAGCACCUUCUCCAGUCAAAGAGGUCAACCAGUCUUCUAAGCAUCACCAGUCCUCCACAUUUUAUGUUGAUGAUGAAGCUAUACUAUGUCUAGAUAAUAGAAGAGACAAAGGAAAUGAUAGUGCAAAGUUGAAUAAUCAAAAUGGGGCAGAGGUAAAUGAAAAGCCAACAUUACCACCUCAACCAAAGCCCAGGACUUCACGCGGACAUGCCAGUCUCAUGUCAGAGAAAGUGACACCCUCACAGGAGGUACUACAGAUUCAAGUCAAGGCAUUAAAAGAUGAAUUGGUGAAACAGCGAACAGACUAUGAAGAACAAAUACAAGCUCUUAAGGCACAAUUGCUAGACAUGAAAUCCAAACAUGACCUCCGUAUACAAGAUAUGCAAGCUCAAAUUGACUUGGAACGAGUGGCAAGAGCAGACACUGUGGAAAGAGUGGUGCAGUUGCAGACACAACUGCAAGAAUACCAGAUGAAGUAUGAGUUGCAGUAGUUAGCCAGCCAGUAUUUGUAACACCAAACAUUUGUACACUCAGGAGAUAUUAAUUCUAUUGCAUUUGCUAACGUAUUUUUAAAAUGUGUAAAAGUUUAGAUUUGUAAACUCAUUAUUAAACUCAUAUAUAACAAUUGAGAAAUUGGAUUAUAUUUUUCAAACAUAUAUUUAGGCACUGCUAUAAAUUAGCAAUUUUUUCAGUGUUGACCAUUACAUAAUUGUCUUCCUAUGAUAAAAUAUUUAAAGACCAUCACAACUGGUCUAUAAAUUUUGAUUGAAAAUUAUUCUAUUUCAGUGUUGUAUAUCUGAAGUUAAAACAAAGAACAUUCAUAUAUAAUGGACUUUACGUACUAGAUCAUACUUGUGUAGUUAGAUAUUUUGAAUAUCAUUUAAAUGUUAUGUGCAUUACUGAAGGGUGCUGGUUUGAAGAUGUUUGACUAUCAUUGUACUAAUAUUGCUUCCCAUUUCCACAAUAUUUUGAAAGCUACCACAUAUAGAGAGAGAGCCAUAUGAGAUCAAAUUGAAACAUUAAGAUAAGAGAGAAUUUUGAUACAAUUUUUUCACAUGUAAAUAAACUGGACAAUUUAGGACUUGCUUUUGAAAUAUCAGUUAAUAAAUGAGCUAUUUU